AUGUCACAGCUCAAACCUUUCCCAUCUCACGGAGGCUCGAACGGGAUUACAGAACCGGUCAAGGACCACCGCAGAAGAAGGUCCUCAAGUAUAAUUUCACAUGUUGAGCCCGAGAGCUUUGAAGACGAAAACGAUCAGCAAAUGCUGCCCAACAUGAAUGCAUCGUGGGUGGAUCAACGCGGCGCGUGGGUCAUACACGUGGUUCUGAUCGCGCUGCUCAAGUUCUUCUACAAUUUGCUGCCCGGUGUAACGAACGAGUGGUCGUGGACCCUCACCAACACCACGUACGUGGUGGGCUCGUACGUGAUGUUCCACCUCGUCAAAGGUACUCCGUUCGACUUCAAUGGCGGGGCCUACGACAACCUCACGAUGUGGGAGCAAAUCAACGACGGCAUGCUCUACACGCCUGCGCGUAAGUUCCUCAUUUCCGUGCCGAUCGCUCUGUUCCUCGUCAGCACCCACUACGCCAGAUACGACCUCCAGCUCUUCGUGCUCAACUUCUGCCUAACUACAUUCGUCGCCGUCGUGCCCAAACUACCAGUCACCCACAGACUCCGCGUAACCAUUCCCGGCAUCACCAGCCCAGCACAGAUCAAAUAA